UCAUGGGCAGUUGGCCAGGGCAUUCUUUUUCACAUAAGGACUUGAGGGUGUCUUGGGGAACUGGGCAGUAGGGAAAGGUCCCCAUUUGUCAUGAUCCUGAAAUACGGCAUGGAAUUUGAACUCUGAAGACACAGCGUUCAAACCUGUGGCUGGCACAGUCAUCAUCUUCCUGAAAAGUUGGGUCCACUUGAAAUGCCUCGGCACAAUGGCAGAUUUCCAGGAGAGCGGGGUCUCAGCAGUGCACUCACACAUGCCUUCCUCCGCUACCUGGAUGGGCAUUUCUGUGUGACAGACCUGGCACGGGCGUGGGCCACAGGUGCUGGCGGAAUGGGGCCAGGAGCAGACCCGGUGGCGAAGGCUGGCAGUCAGCUCCUGAGAGGCUUCGAGGGGCACACCGGGAGCCCCCAGGUGCAGCUGACUGGAGGGUUGCAGCCAGCGGAUGCCGCUGCAGCGUCGGGUUUCUCAGUUCAGUGGGAGGCGAGGGUGAGAGCUAGCACGGGCCUUGGUGUGUGGGGCACCCAGUGGCCCCUGAAGGAACGAGGCCAGGGCCUGGCCGGUGGCACGUUAGGGGCCCCUGAGCAGCUGCCAGGAGAGGAGGACCCGGAUGGCAGCUCCGUCCAGGUGGGCUGCUGGGGUGAGUACAGGGGUCUGAGGGUCUGGGAGAGUGGAGUGGGGCACCCAGGAGACCAUAGGAAGCACCAUAAGGUGGUCACUGGCCGCUUGGCGUCUUGGUUUCCCCUGUGUGGUGGAGCUCAGUGGCCGGGGCGGGGCGGGGUGGAUCAGCCGCGGGGUGGUCCUGCGCACCGAUGCCUCUCUGUCCCCACCUCUCCGGCCACAGCCCACCUGCAGGAGGCCACCUGAGCCCCUGGGCGGGGCCUGGGCUGGCUCCUGGCCUUGCAGCAGUGACCGCCCACAGGCUGGCUGCGAGUUGGGGCAGGCAGGGCGCCCCCUUCUCUGAAGGGCCAGCCGCAGAGAGAGCCAGCUUCCUGAACCCCACACCUCCCAGGAGGCAGCGGGGACCCGCGUGGAGGGACCGGGAGGCGGCGGCUGGCGGCACACCAGCGGCCCGGAUGACGCCUGAAGGAGGCGCAGCCCGGCGGGGCUGGCUCCCUAGGCUUGGAGCUUCUGCGGGGGUGAAGGGUGUCGUCCAAGGGAGGGAGAAUGGGGGUGGCCCGAGGGAGCCCGAGGGCCGUGGGCGGUGGAGCGGGGCUUCCGGGCUCCAAUGCCCUCAGGCCGUCCUUUCCAGCCUGGGGUCGCUUUGCGCCCCCGAACCCCCAAAUCCCGAGUGUGUGGGGCAGGGGGCAGGUCCCCCGCUCCGCUCCUCCCGGAGGCCCGACCCUCCCGCCGUGGAGCCCCACGUGCCCACCAGCUCCGCAGCCGCCAGCCCGGCGGCGCCAUCUGGCGGUGCCCGGGCGCCGCGCCUCCAGCCAGGCGGGCCCGCAGCGGAGAUGCUGGGCGUGGGAACUGGCAAGGCCUGGAAACCGCUUGGGACCCGUUGGGGAGGGCAGUUCCACGCCUGCUGGAGGGCAGGCCUCCUGCUGCGCGCUUCUGAUCCGGCCCAGCCUCCAUUUCCCAAUGCGUAUUCAUCUACUGCUCUUAGAUCCUGCCACAUGGAGAGUGGGAAGGGAAUUAAGCCCAAAGCCCUUGUUUUCACCUGUUUUGGGAUCCUUUUGAGAAGCGGUUGGUGGGGGCACCCGUGCAGAACCCCCCCUUGAGGGUAGUUGGGGAGGCAGGUGAUGAGCAGGACAGAGCGUAAGUAGGGCUCACACAGCCCAGAGCCGGGCAGGAGGCCUGCUGUGGAUGAGGUGUCACCGAGGUCACCAAGAGUCCCGCAGCGCUCCCAGGGCUGCACAGCUGCCAGCCUGCUUGGCGACCUCCAGGAGCCCAGUCCAGCUCUCACCUCCCACUGUCUCCUGUCUGCACAUCGGCGGGUGGCCGGCCAGGCCCUGGUGCUGUUUCGGUGUCCAGGCCUCUGCCAUGUCAGAGUCGGUGGGGUCCUCGGAUGCGGCUCAGUGGAAGUAGAAAGAAGCCUCGUGCUCCGUGGGGCCUGUGUGGAAUCCCAGGUCUUGCGGGCCCAGCCUGGCACAGCCACAAAUCCCUAGGAGAGCAGCCAGGCACGCCCUGCCUCCAGUGGGCACUGGGUCAUGUUGCUACUGAGAAAUGCAUGCAGGGUAGACAACUAACGGGCGAUGCUCCUGGAAAACACACCAAAAGUCCAUUUUCAGAAUAAGUGGAAAGAAAAUACAGAUGGGGCCGGGUGCAGUGGCUCACA